AUGCAUAUCUUCCUUGUUUUUUUUUUCUCUCUCUUUUCAUUCCCUAUAUUUCUCGUUCAUCUGUUUUCAUUUACACCUUUUUUUUAUUUCCUGUUUGUCAUUCUUGCUUUUUCAUCUUUUUUUUUUUUCAUUUACCACCUUUUUUUGAUUUCAUGCUUUUUUUUUGCACUUCAGGACACUCUUUCAGUUACUGGUUCAGUUUACUUUGUCUCCUAUUUUCAGUCUCCACGUUCUUUCAUUUUCUGGUUCUUUUUUUUUCUCUUUUCAGUCACCACCCUCUUUCGAUUUCUUUCUUCUCUAUUCCUCAACUCUUUCAAUUUUGUUUCUUUUUCUUCUUUUUUCAUUCACCACCCUCUUUCGAUUUCUUUCUUCUCUUUUCAUUCCACCCACUCUUUCGAUUUAAUGUUUCUCUUUCUUCUCUUUUCUUUCCUCCCACUCUUUCGAUCACCCGUUUCUCCUCUUUUCAUUUCUAUCUCUUUUGAAUAUCUGUUUCUCUUUCUUCUCUUUUCAUUCUCCACUCACACAUACUUUUCUAUUUCUCUUUCUUUUAUUCUCCUUUUCAACACCCUUUCGAUUUCCUAUUUGUCUUUCUUCUCUUUUCAUUCACCACUCUCUAUCAAUUUCUUUCUUAUCUUUUUUUCUCCCUUCAUUCUCCACUCAAUCACAGUUUCAUAUUUCUCUUUCUUCUCUUCUUUUCUACCCCCUUUCCAUUUCCUGUUUCUCUUUUUUUUUUAUCUCUUUUCAUUCUCCUCUCUCUUUCGAUUGUCUCUUUAUCUCUCUUUUCUUUUCAUUCUCCACCCGCUUUACAUUUCAUAUAUCUCUUCUUCGCCUUCUUUCUCUUUUCUUCCUUCCUCUCUUGCAUUUUGUGUCGCCUUUCAUUCCUUUUCUUUUCCAUUAUGUCACUUCCCUCUUCGUAAUUUGCGUUUUUCUUUAUUUGGCAUCUUUUCUUUUCUUUUCGCUUUUCUCUCAGAAUCUUUGGCGAUUCUGUCAACAACACAUGAGGGCCACGUGCAGAAUAUUUUACAAACCAAAGCGGGCAACUCGAAAAUGGAGUUUGAGCAAUUUUUUCAUGGUAUUGCCUGUAAACCCACUAUCUAUCUAUCUAUCUAUCUAUCUAUCUAUCUAUCUAUCUAUCUAUCUAAAUCUGUUCAUAUCUAUCUAUCUCAUUCUACGCAUCUCAAUUUAUCUAUCAAACUGUUCAUAUCUAUCUAUCUAUCUAUCUAUCUAUCUAUCUAUCUAUCUAUCUAUCUAUCUAUCUAUCUAAUCUAA